GACGAAAUUGAAGUAAAGCUAUAAACAGUACUCCAACAUCUUCUAUUCUUUGACUUGGCAAUUUCCACCUUCAAAAGGCGGGCGGCCAAAUAAUCCCACGCUACUCACGGGUAGCUUGGUAACUUAAAUCCUAAAAAAAAAAAAAAAAAAAAAAAAAAAAAAAUUUAAUUCCGCCUCAGUGAAGCAGCAAGCCGAGAGGUUUAAUUUUGAUUCUAUUCAACCAACAACUAAACGCGACCGAGAACACAAAAAACGUGUGUUUUGGUGGGUGUGAAUUGUUCUGUAUAAAACAGAUUUAACCAGACAAAAGGGGGUUUUUGCCAACAAUCCACAAUGAGACGUCCGAAGAAGUACGAAGCCGGAGAGGCCACCCAAUACAUCAGUCGUCGGGCGGCGAUUCGGAAGCUCCAGCUGUCGCUGAAUGACUUCCGCCGUCUGUGCAUCCUCAAGGGUGUCUAUCCGCGCGAGCCCAAGCACAGGCGUCGUGCCCAGAAGGGCUCCUCGGAGAUCAAGAUCCUGUACCACACCAAGGACAUUCGGUUCCUGCUGCACGAGUCCAUUGUGUGGACGCUGCGUGAUUACAAGAUCUUUGCCAAGAAAACCAGCCGCGACCGCGCCAUCAAAGAUUUUCGCAACCUGAAGCGCAGAUUGGCCCUGUUCCCUGAAAUCAAGCUCGAUCACAUUGUCAAGGAACGCUAUCCGACCUUAAUAGACGCCCUCAAGGACCUGGACGAUUGCCUGACGAUCGCUUAUCUCUACAUUAGCACGUGAAUAUAAAUUAAUAGAGAAAAACC